AUGUUGAUUGGCGUCGAUGUAUACACAGGAACCGAUAGAGUGAAAGUCGUAGAUAUUGCAGUGAAUACUAACAGGGAUGAUGUUUGUGAUGAUGAAAGUGGGCUUACCUGGGCUGAGCGAGACAACCUUGCACGGGAAGUAGCUGCGUUGAAAGUAAAGGCUUAUGACUUCGCCAAUAAGGCUAGUCAGCUCACAGGAGUUGAGGAGCAGCUCAGAAUAUUGGGUGAGAAGCGGCUAGAAGCUGUCGAUGCUUUAACUAUUGUGAAGAGGCAAGUCCAGGAGGCUACAAACGCUAAAGAGCAUGCACUGGCUUCAACUAAAACAGAAAAAGAGCAGCUCAUGGAUGACCUAGAUAGGAUGCGCCGCGAGAAGCGACGACUAGAGAAGUAUGUAUACGACCUGAAAAAGGGAAAAGAGAGUCUCUGUCAAGAGGAAGAGGCUGCUCGGCUGGACUUCAGAAUAGCUAAUAGACGACGAACAGAGGCCAUUGAGUUGUUGCAAGUCACUGAAGAAGAGUUGAAGAAGUUCUCAGACACUAAGCAGGAGCUCAUUGAAGCUCAGGAGAUGCACGAUAUCGUCGUGAGAGAGCGGGAGAAAUUGACACGUACAGUGGAAAAGGAAAUGAUUGCGUUUGAGAAGCAGAGAGUUGAGAUCCAAAGCAUGGUGGAGAAGCUUGUAUCGGAACGUGAUCGUUUGACCCAAGAUGUAGCAGAACUUGAAGGGCGAAGGAAAAGGGAAGCUUCUCUUCUGUCUGUAAUUGAUUCUGCCAAGAAAAGAGUUGAAGGGGAUAUACGCGAGUUGAAGGAAAACAUUAAGGUACUUUUGAGAGACAUAAGUACUGUCACCCAGAGGAGAAGCGAAAUGGAAGCCGAACUAGGGGAUGCUUAUUUACUAAAGGAACGAAUAGAACCGGAAAUGGAAGAUAAGGAAGCCCAGUGGGUGGAGCUAUGCGAGAAAGUGGGUGCUUUGAAGAGUGAGUUGGCAGAGUAUGAGAAGGAACGGAAAGGCAUACUUAAGGAAAUUGCACAAUUGAACGAUUACCGCGGUAAGCUCGAGACGAAAGUUGACGUCUUCACUAAGGAAUACGAGCAAGCUAAUAGCAUUCUUGGAGAUCUUCAUGAAGAGAUAAGCAUGCUUGAAGAACAGAGAGAUGCAUUGCGAAAACUUCCAAGUGUAGAUUUUUCUCAGAGGAAACCCAGUAUUUCCCUUGAACACUCGCCAGGUCAGCCUUACGAGCGAAGCAACAGUGAUAAUAUCGAGGUAAAGCCUGUCGUCUCCCCGACGAAGCGUCGCGCACGAGCCAAGUGA